ACAUUGUAUUGAUCAAACAAUUAUUGAAAGCUAAUUUCAUAUAUGUAUGUAUGUAUACAAAAGACUGUAAAUAAAAUAUAGUUUACCAUAUAACUCUUAUGUAAGAGAUACAAAAAUAUAAUGGCGCAAUUGCCAGUUUUAGAACCAACAUUGCUGGAGAAAAGACUGUGCGAAAUAUUUGAUAUAUUUGAUACUGCAAAGACUGGUGAAAUAGAUGUUAGAGAUUUGGGAACCAUUAUUAGGGCAUUAGGAUGUAUCAUCACCGAAGCAGAAUUACAAGAAAUACAAGUUGAAGUGGAAGAUGUAGUAAACAAUUGUGUGCCAUUAAAUAAGUUUUUAGAAUAUAUGUCUAAAGCUAUUAAUGAACGCAAAUUUAAACCAGCAGAACCAGAAGAUUUAUUAAAAGCUUUCCAAUUAUUAGAUCCUGAAAAUCGAGGAUACAUUAUGCGAGAAGAUCUAGAAAAAGCAAUGAUGGAAAUUGGAGAACCAUUUUCAAAGGAAGAAAUAAGUAACAUGAUGGCUAUUGCAUGUGAUCCACAAACAAGAAAAAUUAAUUAUGAACAUUAUAUUAACUUACUGCUCGUAAAAAUACCUGAUGAGAUUAAUGUAUAUUCCAUUGUGGAUGCAUUGGAUGCUGCUAAAUUAGAAGUCAUGCCUAAAAAACCUAGAUUGGACAGUCUUUUAUUAACUUACCAGACACUUGUUUAACACUAAUUUGA